UCCAUCUCUUUUCGAGUUACAACCGGAUGUGUGCCCGUGGACGUAGCUCGGGACAUCGUUCAGAAUGCGUAAUCUUUUACAUAAGUGUCGACUGUGCUUAGAUAGCUUAGCGGAUACGAAAAGAUUGCCCAUUACCGAUGAAGUGCUGCAAGAAAAGUUGAGACUAUUGUUGGACUUUGAGAUCAUGCCUGAGCUAUCGUGGCUACCAAGAAAUGCGUGUGGAGAUUGCACAGGAAUAAUAGAUAGUUUCAUAGCCUUCAGGCAGAAAGUGAAAUCAAACCAAGACUAUUUGAAUUCACUAAUGGUGGUGGAAGAUGUAGCUGUGAAAGCUUACGAAUCGCUCGAAUCGCUUACGGAAUGCGUGAAUUCGCCGCAGGCCGUGGAAGCAAUACAUUCCGAAAAUAAUGACCUCCUACCGCCAAUAUCUGUAUCCGUCGCUAGCCGUUCGUUUGAAAUAGUUUACUUGCCUCUUGUGGAACAUGAAGAAGAUACCACUUCAGCAAAUCCAACCUUUGCCGAAGUUUUGCUUCCUGAAGAAGAUGAAAUCAAAAUAGAGGUUCAAUCCGAUUCAGAUGAAGCCGCCAGCAGUUCAGUGUUCCAGUCGGACGAGACAGACCUUAAUGAUCCGACGGAAAAGCGGCAAAGAAAGGUGGUAAAUGCAAAGCGAGGCCGUCCCCGAAAGCAAUGCUCUAGUUCCUCAUUGGCGACUGUCACUAUAGACAAGAGAAAACGACAAAAUUUUACCGAAGAAGACGAGCAACGGUUAAAGGAUUUUUAUAAACUGGUUUGCGAAAUUUGUGCAACAGUUUCGGAUUCGUUUUCCGAUCUUCUCGCCCAUUACCGGAAAGAACACAACACGGAGGGCUUUGUUCGCUGUUGUGACGCUAAAUUUAAGUUUAAAACGAUGGCGCUUCAGCAUGUGGAUGGACAUUUGGGCACGAUACGGUGCGACAUUUGCAAUAAAUCGUUCCUCUAUGCUAAUUCGCUUAAACUGCACAAUCUCGACCUGCACAGUGGUCCGGAAGCGAAACCAUUCAAAUGCGACAAGUGCCAACGGUCUUUCGCAAGGAAAUCCAUACUAAAAUGCCACCUCAAGUCUCAUGUUAUGAAACCAUGUCCAACAUGUGGAAAGAUUCUGGCAAAACCAAACUUGGCGUCGCAUAUGGAAAGCUUUCAUGGAAGCCUGCCCAUGCGAGUUCAAUGUCCUCAUUGCCUGAAAUGGUAUAGGGGAAAAUCCGUACUCAAACAGCAUGUUCAGCACGCGCACCUCGAAAAAGGGCAAACGUUUCCGUGCGAUAUUUGCCACAAACCGUUCCCUCAUAGCCGCGCACUAGCAUUACACCGUAAGAGACAUGAUGGAACGAAAUAUGAAUGCGAGGUCUGCGGUAAACAGUUUAGGAAGAAAGAUUCCCUACGGAGUCAUGUUGCAGUUCAUAACGACGAGCGACCAAAAGAACAUUCAGACGAAUUGAAGCAAGGAGAAAGGGAAAACGAAUCGCCCGAAUCUACAUCAAACUAACCCCAAAAAACUCUUCAAGUUCCGUCAUGCUUUCUAUUUCGC